AUGUCCAGGAGAGCCCCGAACCCCGCCGCUGAGCGGGCGGCGCAAAACCAAGCUACCAUCAAGAGCCUCCUCAAGUUGGAGGCCAACAAGGUCUGCUCUGACUGCAAAAGAAACAAGCAUCCUCGAUGGGCCAGCUGGAACCUUGGCGUCUUCAUCUGUAUCCGAUGCUCAGGCAUCCACCGUGGCAUGGGCACUCACAUCAGCCGAGUCAAAUCCGUCGACCUCGAUUCCUGGACCGACGAACAACUCCAGAGCGUUCUGAAAUGGGGCAAUGCCCGCGCCAACAAAUACUGGGAGGCAAAGCUUGCGGCCGGUCACGCUCCCUCCGAAGCCAAGAUCGAGAACUUUAUCCGAACAAAGUACGAACUCAAGCGAUGGGUUAUGGACGGCCCAAUGCCCGAUCCUGCGACUCUAGAUGUCGAAGGCGACGACGAUGUGCCCCUCAGUAUCGUCAAGGAGAAGCAGGUUAUAGAGCGCAAGGAGUCUAUCAGGAAGGCUUCCCUGACCAACUCAUCAGCACCAAGGACCGUUCCCCCGCCUCAGGGGGAUCUUAUCGGCGGAGAUCCUGUCCCUGUGCGAUCAAGCAGCGCUGCUCCUCAGUCAUCCAAGGUCCCCCCCAAGGGUGAGCCUGCCCCCCCAAGAACAACAAGCACAAAGGAUUCGCUACUCGGACUCGACUUCUUCGGUGAGCCCCAGGCCCCUCCACGACCAGCUAGCACAACCGGUACCGCCCCAAGCGGCCAGUCGCGACCUGACUUGAAGCAAUCUAUUCUCUCUUUGUACGCAUCUGCACCUCGAGUCCAACCCCAGGCCCAGCCGCAGCAGCCUUCAUCUGCUGGAGGUUUCGGCGGUUUCGCUUCUCCCACUUUCAGCCACCAGUCACAAGGCUCAGUUGGUGGGUUCAACGAUGCCUUUAGCAGUCUCAGCGUCUCGAACGCUCCCAAACCCGCUGCCCCUGAUCCUUUUGCCAGCCUCGGUUCUGCUGGCCGUACCACAUCCACCAACAAUAAUGCAUUUGGUGGCCUAGGAGGAGGCAGUUUCUUUGACAGCAAGCCCUCGCAGCCUUCUGCUCCUACUCAUCAGCACCAAUCUUCCAACUUUUCCAACUUUGGCGGCUUUUCCUCCCCCGCGCCUGUUGCUGCCGCAGCUCCGGCCGCACCCAAGCCUGCUCAAUCCUCUGCUAUGGGUGAUCUCUUUGAUCUUUCUGCGCCUGUGGCCACAUCGCCUCCUCCACCACCGCCCGCAGCCGCUCCUACCAGCUCCGUCUUUAACCUCUCUUCCCCUCAAAGCCUCCCUGCUGCUGCACCUGCUAGCACCACAACCAGUUCCAUGGGUGGUUUCUCUGGUGCUGAUGUGUGGGGUGGAGGCGAAUGGGGAGCCCCUGCAGUAGCUCCAGUCCCUGUUCAAAAGGCUCCUGAACCAGCAAAGCCUGCGACUACCGGCUUUGAAUGGGGCAACUCGGGAGGCGCUUUCGCCAACACUCCCAUAGUCCCCGGAGCAUCGGGAGGCUUGACAUCUGGUGGUUUCAAUCCUAUCGCAUCACCCAAGGUUUCAGCCGACGAGGAAUUUGGAGGAUGGACCAGCAGCGCGCCUCCUGCUGGUGGAAGCACUAGCCAAACAAAGUCCAGCGGUUUCGGCGGAGAUGAUGACUUGUUCUCUAAUGUGUGGCAGUAG